GUAGCAUCCCUCUUACACGCACAGUGUCCUGCUGACACACUGGUUCUGGUGUGCUCCAGCCCCCCGUGCACCGACUUCAGUCAAGUCCGAACCUCACCGCCAGGCUUGCAAGGUCAGGAAGGCUGUAAGUUCCGUCAGUGGUGCCAGUGGCUUUCUUCCUUUCGGAAGGCCUUGAAGUUGCAACACGUCUUCCUAGUUGAGAACGUCCUCCCGUCAGUUGAAGUUCACCGCGAACUGGAUAAGUUAGUUGGCCACAACUCCUUUGUGGUUGACGCGGCCUCCUGGGGAGUGGUUUCGCGGCCAAGGCUCUGGUGGUCGAACGUGUUGACGCCGCCCACGUUAGACAGCAACCAACCACCAGUAGUCCUUGCAGGACUAGCGCGCUGGCGACGCUAUAAUAAUCGCUGUUGGCAGUUGGUUCCAAGUUCGAACUUGUUCCCAAGGCAGAACGCGGCCGACUGCCCGUCCGCAGUUUUUCAUCCAGACGUGGUGGCCAAUCGGUCAGUUUUUCCAUGUCUCACGACGCCAGCACCUUCUGCGAGCGGCAGGGACCCACCACAGAAACGCAGACGCACCGAAAGCCCUGAAACUCUGCGAAGGUGGGCCGCCGCUUCCCGUCAGUUCCCGCCGUAUCAGUAUCGCACCCGAGCCCUGGUGACUAUUCAGGGGCGGCUGACGACUCCUGAUGCCGCAACUCGUGAGUGGCUGCAAGGACUUCCUGCAGGAACGACACUCCCCCCAGGCCAGCCAGUUAGCGAGAAGAGCAGGUGCAAGAUGCUGGGAAACUCUUGGCAUCUUCCAACAGCACGCUUCCUACUGUUCGUGCUUCUGGCCGCUUGUAGCGUGAUCCCAGUCACGUCCGGACCGGUCGAGGCGUGGUACCCGACAGUUGUACCGCUACCUUGGUCCUCUAACCUAAACCCGUUAGGUGCACGACCAGUGGAGCAAGCUGCAGCCGUCUGGUUGAGGUCCGGCCUGCAGUGGGACCCACGCGAGGCCGAAGCCUUACAGCUACUAGGCCCCUCUGACGACCCUUUAGAACACCUUCAGUGGGCCUUGCGCAUCGACAGCGUCGCCUUGAACUUCCCGCCUCACAACCCGUGUCUAACAUGGGCACUUAGGUUUGGCCAGUCCUUCGGCCCCGAACUUACAAGGUGGAGACAAGAGGUCGUCCGGGACGUCCAGUCACUCCGAGAAGACCUACAAGACGAACAGGAAGUUUGGUUGCAGUCCGCACCACACCACGUUCGACUGGUGUACAAGCAAGGCGGUGACAAGUUCGUCUUACAGCCCUUAGUGGUUUUGCACCUUUUGCGCCUGUUUGAGUUCCCUGGAGUUCAGGACCUUGCUGACGAACUCCAGUUCGGGUUUAAGGUUCUAGGCCCCCUCCCUCCUGGCACAAACUGGGACGUCCGACAGGACGCAAAAUAUAGCAGGCCUCUGACAAAAUCCCAGUUCGCAUCCCUGAACAGCGACCAUAAGAAGACCCUGGCUCAGGAGCAGGGAGGUUCCGAACACGCCCCUGCCAUGUUAGCCGAGGUUCACAAGGAGAUGCUCAAGACCAGGUUCCAAGGCCCGUUCGUGCCUGCCGAAGUGGCAGACUCCCCAGCAGCUUUCGGGUCCCGAGCCUUCCCGGUAGUUCAGCAAGACAAGGUGCGCCGAGCAGAUGAUUGGCGCCGGUCAGGACACAACAGCACGGUGUUUGUCCUUGACUCUCCACCGUACGCAGGUACGCAAACAGUGCUCACGUCAGUGCAAGCAGCUGCUGACUUCGGCCAGCCUGUACUGGCAGCCCUUGACCAUGAUGGACCUGAGGUCUUCCAACACCUCGUCCUUCCUUUCGGAGGGACAGGCUUCACCAUGAAAGAAAGCAAGGCUCAGAAGCCCUGUUCCAAGUCCACCUUGUUAGGGGUCCUGUGGGAGAUCCUCCAGCAGACAGCCACAGCGGGACCCAGCCAAGGGCGCCUGGAGAAGCUCCAGGCCGCUCACCUGGCAGGCAAACUCAACUUCGUGUGCUCGUGGGUCUUUGGAGGAGUGAACCAGUCACGUCCGCACGUUCUCUACGCGGAUGCCUUUGUGACUUUGGCAGGUUCCGUCAACGGACUCGGAGCAGUCCUGUUCGCAAACUCAGGUGACGUUUUGUGCUUCAUCGACAACGUAGCCAGUGAACACGCCCUCAAGAAAGGCUACUCAAAAGACCCCCUCCUUACGAACCUGUUAGGCGAGUGGGAGACCAGUGACUCGUUAGGCUGCUCUCGACGAUACCCAGACUUCGACAGUAUCUGGGAUCUCCUGUUCGAGAUGACCAAGAAGCCUGUGGACCCCAAGUUAGACCUGUUCGGCGAGUUGGUCAACCUCCUGGCCUUGCCCCCGGUUGCCCAGUGA